GCGCUCGCGUGCGUCACCCCCCCUCCCGCCUCCUCCUCCGGCGCCGCGCGCUGGCUGCGUUUCCAGCCCAUUCAGUUCAUUCAACCGCCGCCUCGAGCGCCCGGUGGCUGGUCCUCGCCCUCGCCAAAGCCUCUCUCGCUCUCCUGCCUCCAUCCCACGGAGGGCGGACAGUCAAGCCUUAAAUAAUGAAUUAUGUGGGGCAGCUUGCAGGCCAAGUUCUGGUGACUGUUAAGGAACUAUACAAAGGAAUCAAUCAGGCGACGCUCUCAGGAUGCAUUGAUGUAAUUGUAGUUCGGCAACAAGAUGACACAUACCUUUGCUCCCCAUUCCAUGUCCGAUUUGGAAAGCUUGGUGUCUUACGUUCGAAGGAGAAAGUUAUUGAUAUUGAAAUUAAUGGAGAAGCAGUUGAUCUUCAUAUGAAACUGGGUGAUAAUGGAGAAGCUUUCUUUGUGCAAGAAACAGAAGAAAAAUUUGAAAGAGUUCCUGCACAUCUUGCAACAUCCCCAAUACCUACAGAAGACCAGUUCUUCAAAGAAACUGAUGAUCACUUGCUGAAAUCGGGUGACAAUGAACGGAUGUGUCUAAGCUCAGAAAUACUACAGAUUGUGGAAGCAGAGCCUUUUUUCCCCUCUGGGUCAGUGAAGAAGAAAAAGCGAAGGAAAAGAAAAUGUAAACAAGAUGCCAAGAAGGAAGAUCAGAUCUCUGUUCCUGGAACUGAAGAAGGCUUUGAAAUGGAAAUUAGCUCAGAUGAUGAGAGAAGUAUUCUGCCUCUGAGGAACCCAUCAGAUUCUCCACCAAAGGAUGAAGAGUAUAAGGAAUCAUUGAUUUACCACGCAAAGGACCAUUACCCUUUAUCAGAUGGAGACUGGUCUCCUUUGGAGAACCCAUUUAGCCAGCCAGCUUGUCCUAAAAGUGAUUCAGAACUUGAAGUUAAGCCUACGGAGAGCUUACUCCGAGCAGAGUCUCACAUUGAAUGGACGUGGGGAGGGUUCCCAGAAUCUACCAAGAUAAGCAAGAAGGAAAAAUUGGAACAUCCCAGAACAGUUACAAUCACUCCAUCAGAGAAGACGCACUUCAGGGUAAUAUCCAGCAGUGAUGCAGCUGAAGAUGGAAUUUUGGUGAAUGAUUCUGUUUGUACAGUAGUAAAGCCUGAACCAAGAACACACCAUCUACUUAAGAAGCUAGAUAUUAAAGAGAGACUUGCUUCUACAGCCACAGAACCAAUUUUGGACAUUCUUCAAGGUUCAUUGGCAUUAGAUUCUGAUACUCUUCCCAGUCCAUUGAUAGAUUCUCCAACAGAAACUAAACCACCAGCAAAACUUGAUUCCCCAUCAAAGAAAAAAGGGAUACAUAAGAGAAGUCAUCACCAAGGGCCUGAUGACAUAUAUUUGGAUGACCUGACAGCUUUGGAACCUGAAGUUGCUGCUCUUUAUUUUCCCAAAAGUGACUCUGAUCCAGGUACCAGACAAUGGCUGGAGUCUGACACGCUGUCGGGUUCUCAGUCGCCACAAUCGGUGGGAAGUGCUGCUGCAGAUAGUGGUACAGAGUGUAUGUCUGAUUCUGCAAUGGACUUGCCUGAUGUCACAUUAUCCCUUUGUGGAGGUCUUAGUGAAAAUGGGGAGAUAUCAAAAGAAAAAUUCAUGGAGCAUAUCAUUACUUACCAUGAAUUUGCUGAAAACCCAGGACUCAUAGACAAUCCUAAUUUGGUAAUAAGAAUAUACAACAGGUAUUAUAAUUGGGCAUUGGCUGCUCCCAUGAUUCUCAGCUUGCAGGUGUUCCACAAGAGCUUGCCACAGGCUACAGUUGAAUCCUGGAUUAAGGAUAAAAUGCCGAAGAAGUCUGGAAGAUGGUGGUUCUGGCGUAAGAAGGACAGCUUGGUCAAACAGCUUCCAGAAGCUAAGGAGGGAAAAUCUGAAGCUCCAAAAGGCGACCUAUCAACAGCCACAAAGGAACAAGUUGAAAGCCGGCCUACAGGUGAUGAAUCUUCAACGGAUGAUGAAGGAUCCCAGGAACUAAAAGAAACCUUAAAAAUAGAUUCCGCUUCACUUCCAAGCCAUGGGAAUGCUACAUCUUACAAAAAGUCACUUAGAUUGUCUUCAGAUCAAAUUGAAAAACUGAAGCUAAGAGAUGGCCCCAAUGAUGUUGUGUUCAGCAUUACAACCCAGUAUCAAGGAACUUGCCGUUGUGCGGGGACAAUAUAUCUGUGGAACUGGAAUGACAAAAUAAUUAUUUCAGAUAUCGAUGGAACAAUAACCAAGUCUGAUGCUUUAGGCCAGAUCCUACCACAGCUUGGCAAAGACUGGACACAUCAGGGUAUUGCAAAGCUCUAUCAUUCCAUUAAUGAGAAUGGCUACAAGUUUCUGUACUGCUCUGCUCGUGCCAUUGGAAUGGCAGACAUGACAAGAGGGUACUUGCACUGGGUUAAUGACAAAGGAACGAUCUUGCCCAGGGGUCCCUUGAUGUUGUCUCCUAGCAGUUUGUUCUCUGCUUUUCAUAGGGAAGUGAUAGAAAAGAAACCAGAGAAAUUCAAAAUUGAGUGUUUAAAUGAUAUCAAGAACUUAUUUUCUCCAUGUGAACAACCCUUCUAUGCUGCUUUUGGAAACAGACCUAAUGAUGUGUAUGCUUACAUGCAAGUUGGAGUUCCAGACUGCAGAAUAUUCACAGUCAACCCAAAGGGUGAACUAAUCCAGGAACAAACAAAGGGAAACAAAUCUUCGUAUUACAGGCUGAGUGAACUAGUAGAACAUGUGUUUCCACUUCUUAAUAAAGAACAGAGCUCUGCUUUUGUAUGCCCAGAAUUCAGCUCCUUCUGCUAUUGGAGAGAACAGCUUCCUGAAGUGAACAUAGAAGACUUAGCUUGAACAGCACUGAUCACAGAGAACCUCCUUCUGCAGAGGCUCCUUUAUCCUUUGGUACCAUGUGUCUUAUUAAAUACAGGAAGCGCCAAAGGUUUGGCAUAAGCAAAUGAAAUGCAAGGCUGAUCUCUCUUUGUUCUUUUAAGAUGUCCUUACUGUUUGAUUUAAGGCAUUAGAAAGAUAGCAGUCCUUUGAAAUAGCAGACCAUCCAGAGGAUAGAGGACAGAAAAUGGAAAUUUGGUUGCAGAUUUGCAUUUUCAUAUAUACAAACCACAGUGGAUGUGUGUGAUGUUAUGUAUGUUAGCCUCCUUGAUAUCUUAAAGGAAAAGAGAAAAAAGUAUGUAAAAUUGAUAGCAGGGAUUUAAUAUGCCCACUAUAGGAAUUAUAUUUAGUACUUAAACCAGCACUUAGGCUGUUUGAGAUACAAUGUCUCUCUCAUUAUUAAUUUCUUUAAAAAUAUCUUAAGGAUUCAUGAGUUCGUGUGUAGUGGUCACUCUGUUUUGCUACACCGUUAAAGAACUGAGGAUUGUAGUGGAAAUGGUACUUCUAUUACCCACUCAUGGUUGUGUUGCCUUUUUAAAAAAAAGAACAAACAACUACUAUACAGUGAUUGGGGGCUAUCUGAGAUGCUUUUUCUUUCUUGCAGCAAUUUUGCUUCCCUAAGCUGCUAUGCGAAAUUAGAAUUCUAAAGAACAGUAAGAACAUCUUUGCUGCAAACAGCUGACAUCUCUUAAUUGCACUUAGCAUGGGUACUGUAUAGAUCAGCAGGCAACAGAUUCAGAAAAUAUUCAGGGAUAAAUUCUUGUUUUAUAAAAGAAGGUAAUGUAUAUAGUCAGUCUUUAAAACUGGAACUACUAUGAAUGCCUUUCCAGAACUCUGUAUCAGGGUUUUCCAGUUUUGAUAAAAGUGGCACAGGACAAGGGCAUCCAAGUGAGAAAUACUGUGUGUGUCAGGUACAAAAUGUUACUUCUGUUUAGACAUUUAGUAUCUUAGCUCCACAGUGGAUCCAAAAGCAAUCGAGGUCCUGAUUUAAGUAGCCAGUUGUCUUACAUUCUUUCACCUACUUCUAUCCAACCCCUGACACAAAAAUGAUAGUUGAUUAAAACGUCUAUAAGCAAAAACAUUCCAACUCCCUGCCAGGUUAGUCUAGUAUGCCAUAAACCAACUCAAACUGAAAGAGUUAACAUUUUUGAAUCAUCAUAUAACUGAACUGAAAUGCUGACUAGUGCUUUCCUGGUCACCCAAAGUAUCCAUGUAAACGUAUCAAAACUGUAUUCUCUGCCAGGUAUGAACUACUAAAUUUAAUCUGCAGGUUUGCUACCGGUGCUGGUUUUAUGUUGUCAACUAUGGUAGCAGCAUUUAAGGACUAGACCUAGUGCACUCAAUAAAAUCUUUAUCAGACUUAUCGAGGAGUUUCACAACUAGUAAUUUGCUCCUUUUGACUUUGUACAGGGAAAACAUUUGAGACUAAUUAGAUCAGUUAAAUAGAUCAGUACAGUAGAUGUAACCUUAGAAAAAUGUUGGGGCUUGAAAUUUCUAACUAAAGAGUGAUUGGGCUCUAUAUUGUCAUGUGGUAUGUGGUUUGAAACUAUUUUUCAAUCAGAUAUCUUAAAGUAAUAGAAUACCUAAAUCUCCACACACAAGGAAGUACAAGUUAUAGCUCUAGUAAAGAAAAGCCUACUGUACUGGAUAAAAUUCACUCCAACAUUUAGCACUUGUUCAUUUUCAUAUUAUACGGUAUUCUGUAAAGCACUCUGAAAAUUUGAAAUAUCCUAGAUUAAAUUUCAAUUUGAGUUGAAUGUUUGUUUCACAUUAUGCUCUUAAUCUUUUUUUUCCUCUCCCUCUUUAUUCUGAGGUACGGUACAUUAUUUCACAUUUGCAGUAAUAGGUUAUCUUGCUCCUCAUAAGGCAUCAGUACUGUUAACUGGAGUGAAUAAUUCUGGCAGUGUUUGGAGUGGAGAUCUGUGUGCUGCUUUUGAAUAUUAAGAAUUUCCAAAACUUCUGGAAGAAUUCCCUUUUGCUUAAUGCUGAAGAGUACUCUUGAGUCACCUUGAUCCAAACACUUCCUUCAUUUGAACAAAAUAUGCACUUCUUAAAAUGAUAUACUAUUGUUUUCUAUCUCUUGGUCUCAAUUUGAAUGGCACUAUGCAGACCAUUACAUGAUGAGUUUGGAUUUUACCUCAGUGACUCCAGAGCUGCUCAUUGGUAGAUGGUGGUGCCCAAUAUAGCUAUCUGCUAGAGGUAAUUUUUAAUCUGUUUCCUUGCUGUACUGGAAAUGGAUGGUUUAGAACUGGUAUUGGGAAACAACGCUUGUACUAAAUCUAUUUCAGAUCAGCACAAGUUUCUUAGUUCUUUCCAUGAAAGAGAUAUACAUUUGUGUUUAUGAACAAAGAACCUUUUAAAGGCUGUUUUUGAAUAUGCAUUUCCUUUUACUUUGGAAGUGUAUUGAACAGCUUAUGCUGCACCUCUCAAAUCAUUUACCUGGAAUUUGUCAUAUAAAAUGAAUACAAGUAAAGUAAGGAGCUGGGAAAUCAAAGCCUGCAAGUAAUGCAUGGAUAAUUAAGGCAAUCUCUGCUUGUUUAUGCAAGAAAACAGUUGUUUUCUAUUGCAGUGUAAAGGUUCUAGAUCUCUUGUGUCCUUGUGUUAAGACUAGUAUUUGGAGGAGAGAAUGUGUGUGUAAAUGCAAAAAAAGUCUCUAUUAAGCAGGGUAAAUGGGAUCCUUGAGAAACAGUACUCCGCUAUCCAUAUACUUUUUCAAGAAUUGUGCCCUCAUCUGGAAAAAUAUAUGGCUCAGCAUUGGAAACUUCUAAAUGCAUUCAAUUUAUGCAAAUAUGACUGUGAUGCAGGCUGGUAACUGAAGUGCAAGAUAUCUCAAGUCUUUAAAGCAACUAAUAUGUAAGACAGAUAUAUUAGAACUGAUACCUUUGCGAUAAGACUUUCAUCAGCAAAACUUUUGACACCUUUCUUUAGAGAGUGAGAGAAUCUACAUUGUGGUUGGUUCUGAAUGCAAGAUUGGAGAUAAUUCUUCAGUACAUUCUAUUUAAUUGUGUUAUAACCAGUUUUUUCUUUGAUAUACCUUUAUUCACUUAUUAAUCAUUGAACAUUCCAGUACAGUGUUUUUUUUUUGUAAAGACUGGUCUGUUAGGAAAAAGAUGUCCACUGUGCUGUGUUAAUAAAAUUUACAAUAAAACCUCA